CCGCCACUGAACGUUGUGCUAAAAAACUCAUUAAAAUACUAAGCUUUACCUUCAAAUAUAAAAAUGGAAACAAUGUCAAAUCCUUAUCCAAAAAAAAUGCACGACACUUAUGAGGACGAAGAAGAGAGGAAACAUUUCCAACGUAUUGUCUCUGCCUUUAAAUAUUACAAAAAUCAUUCAUUACUAAGGGUUAAAAAAACAGAAUCCUAUUUACUAUCAUUACCAACUCAUCAUCAGAAGCUUUUAUCAAAGUAUAGAGAACAUUUACAAGAAGUUAAAAGAUGUAUUGAAAAUAAUGAUGAGAUAAUUAAGCUUAUUAUAAAGGAUGUAGCACAUAUUUUUGAAAAUGUGAGCCCAGCUACUGCACAGACUGACAGUGUAAGAAAAGUUCACCUGACGUUAAAUCCUCGUCCAGUAAUGGCUGAUCAAGAAAAGGUCCAAGCUACAAUUAAGCAACUGGUUCGUGAUUGGAGUGUGGAAGGUACCGAAGAACGCAUGGCGUGUUAUCUGCCUAUCAUAAAUGAAAUUAUGAAUCAAUUUCCCUUAGAAUAUUGUACACCAUCAGAUGUGCAAAUUCUAGUACCUGGAGCAGGUUUGGGGAGACUAGCAUAUGAAAUUGCAAGACGUGGAUAUACUUGUCAAGGAAAUGAAUUUUCCCUCUUUAUGCUCUUUGCUUCUCACUUUGUAUUAAAUAAGUGUAGAGGUGUAAAUUCAUAUCAAGUACAUCCAUGGGUACAUCAAUAUAUGAAUAAUUUAAAACCAGAGCAUCAAACUCAAGCUGUAUUUUUCCCAGAUGUAAAUCCCAGUGAUCUUCCAGAAAAUGCACAGUUCUCAAUGGCAGCUGGAGAUUUUCUGGAGGUUUAUACAGAAGACAAUCACUGGGAUUGUGUUGCAACAUGCUUUUUUAUAGAUUGCGCAAAUAAUGUUGUACAAUUUAUUGAGACUAUCUAUAAAAUUUUAAAACCAGGGGGUAUAUGGAUAAAUCUUGGGCCACUAUUGUAUCAUUUUAGUGAUAUGCCAAUGGAAGAUUCUAUAGAACCAAGUUAUGAUGUUGUUCGUGAUGUGAUUCAAGGUUUUGGAUUUCAAUUAGAGAAGGAAGAAACACGUGUGAAAACGCGAUAUGCACAGAAUGUUAACAGUAUGUUGCAGUGUGAAUAUAAUAGCGUAUAUUUUGUUUGUCGAAAACCUAAAAGACACAUAGAUAAUAAUAUGAGUCAUAGAAAUGGCACUGAAAGUAAUGGUAUGCAAGAACAAGAAAACUAACUAUUGAUGACUUCCUGUGUUUUAUUUGUAAGAAAAAUUGAUGUAAUUGUAAAUGCAUUACAUAAUAGGUUCAU